CCUGAAACCCCCCGAGAGAAGAUGUACGACUACGGGCUCGGGCACCCAUGGCUGAACCCUGAGGGCACCUUCAAGGUCUUCUGCAAGGCCGACGAGGGGCUCUGCCUCGCCGUCCGCGGCGGCUCCCUCGUCCUUGCCGCCGCCGACCCCGCCGACGAGCACCAGCACUGGUUCAAGGACGUCCGCUUCAGCCUGCGCAUCAAGGAUGAGGAGGGCAAGCCCGUCUUCUCCCUCAUCAACAAGGCCACCGGCCUCGCCAUCCGGCACUCCCUCGGCCCUUACCACCCGGUGAGGCUGCUGGAGUUCGACCCGGAGGGCUUCGAAGAGUCGCUGCUGUGGACGGAGAGCGGCCACUUGGGCAGGGACUUCGGCUGCAUCCGCAUGAUGCACGACGUCGACAUGGGCCUCGACGCCGCCUUGCCCCGCGGCGAGGACGGCGUGCGGGACGGCACGGGGAUCACGCUCACGGAGGGUGCCGAGGCCGAGGGCGACACACGGAGCUGGAAGAUCGUCUUCUGGAGCGAGGAGGCCAACAAGACCUGCGCCGGGCUUUACGCCGAGCCCACAUGCCGCAUCUACUGCAAGGCCGACGAGGGCUUCAGCCUCACCGUGCGCGACGGCGCUGUCUGCCUCGCGCCCACCGACGCCGACGACGACUACCAGCACUGGAUCCAGGACAAGAGGCCCGGGAACCGGAUCAAGGACUUGGAAGGCUACCCCGCUUUUGUCCUCGUCAACAGAGUCACCGGCGAUGCCAUGGAUGCCUCCGUAGGCCGGGGCAACCCUUUGAAGCUUAAGGCGUACAACCCGUGCUACCUGGAUGAGUUCAUAAUGUGGACGACGAACCGUGACAUGGGGGGUGGCUUUCGGUGCAUACACAUGCUGUGCAAUCUCUCUCUCAACUUCAAUGCCUUAAAGGUGGAUGGGGUGCAAGAUGAUACCAAACUCGUGCUUUCGUAUUGGGGUGUGGAAUCAGACAACCCGCACCUUCAGUGGAAGAUUGUUCCCUGGUAAAUGUUGUGCUGGAGCUGUGCAUUGGUGGUCAUCGCUCUUGAUUUAGAGCUGAAGAGAUGAGGCUGUUUUCUCCUGCAGUGCUGCUAGAAUGAAGUUGUGUUCCAAUGUGCGUUUAGUUCAGUUAUCAUUGAGUGCUGCUGGGGGAGAGGAGAGGGUCUCGCCUCUGGUGAACUAUGCUGGAGUUGUAUUAUGAGCGGAGGUGGUUUCCUCUGUCUGUCUGUCUGACGCACCGUAUUAAACUUAGUAUGCAUGUUGGGCUUUGUUGCACAUUUUGGGUUUGCGCCUUUUAUUUGCUUCCCUGA